CGCUGCUGCAACGCACGGCACGAGUGCCAGACGGUCCCCGGCUUCCGCGUCUGCCCCAGCCCCGGCCCCGGCCCCGGCCUCAGCACCGCACCCGGCUCCGCCGCGGCCCACGGAACUGCCAGCGACGCCCGCAGAGCCCCGGGUGCCCGGGCUGGGAGACAUGCCGUGCCGAAGGGAGGAGGAAGAGGAAGCCGGCGAGGAAGCCGAGGGGGAGGAAGAGGAGGAGGACAGCUUCCUCCUGCUGGAGCAGUCGAUGAAGCUGGGCGGCUCUGGCGAGGUGGACCGGCUGGUGGCCCAGAUCGGCGAGACGCUGCAGCUGGACGCGACGCAGGACAGCCCUGCCUCCCCGUGCGCGCCCCCCGGGCCGCUUCUGCGGCCCCCGGAGGCGGCGGUGCGGGCGGAGAAGGCCCGGCCUCCUGUUCUGCCGCUGCUUCUGCCGCCGGCGCCGGCCGAGGCGGUGGGCCCAGCGCCCCCGGGGGCCCUGCGCUGCGCCCUCGGGGACCGCGGCCGCGUGAGAGGCCGGGCUGCGCCCUACUUUGUCGCCGAGCUCCCUGCAGGCCCUAGUGCCCUGUCCCCACGACCCCCUCAGUCCAGCCUAGAUGGGCCAUCGGGAGACGACAAGCGCCGUGUCCCAAAGCAGCUGUCGGGCCCGUGCCGGCGAGGAUGGCUGCGGGGGGCCGCCGCCUCCCGGCGCCUGCAGCAGCGACGCGGGCCCCAGCCGGAAGUCCACACCGUUGACGACGAUCCGCACCGGCUCCUGCAGCAGCUGGUGCUCUCGGGGAACCUCAUCAAGGAGGCCGUGCGGAGGCUUCACUCGCGACGGCUGCAGCUACACGCAAAGCUUCCCCAGCGCCCGGUCCUGAGGCCUCUGACGGCCGCAGUGCACAAGCCCCCGUCGCCCCCCAGCCCGCGCACGGCCUGCAGCAACGCUGGCGCGACAGGAAGGAGGGCGCUACUCAGAACGGGCGACGGCGUUCCUGUGCCUGGCAGCUAAUACCCGGGGAGUGGCCGCUGCGCCAGCCUUUGCCUGGAGGACGAGGGGUUCUCCUGAGGGCUGCAUCUUUACUGGAACUGGUGAACUCACGCUUUUGAAGCGGGAAAAUAAGCUAAUGACGAGGAAUCGGAAAAUCGCCAAUGUUUUCGCGGGGAACUGAGGUCUAGAGCCCUGAUGUUGAAAAACAGGACUCGGUUGGCCCUAUUUAAGGCAUAUUACAGGGCGCACCAAGCUCACAGUCAAUAGGGCUCCUUAUUUGGCGCGACCAUUCUCGGAGGCACCGCGUCCAGUUCCACGCAGCCUCCCCGGGCCGUCCAGCCCGGCGACCAUGUGGCCGCAGUUCAUGCUUCUCAGGAUCGCCGUGCGCCCUAAGGACGAGGGUGAUUCCAGUUACUUGUUUCACCUUUUCAGGAUUGGUUCCUGGUUCACUUUUGGGAGAGGGGAACAUGAGUAGACGAUCAUUUCAGGGAGUACCUCAAACUGCUAGACUUGAAAAUUUACAACACUUUUUUUUAACCCAUUUUGUGUCUAGGGGUGCUGGUUCUUAAAACACACGGUACCAUGAAAGGACCUUUUCUCUGUCCCUGCUUUGCAACUGGCUGCGGUUCCCCGAGUGGAGGGGAAAGCCGCGGUGCGCCCAGGGUGGGGAUAGGAGGGUGGUGAAAUGCUGGAGUCUCCUGAGGACAAGCGCACCGCUACCACCUCGGUGUAGGGAGGCGGGGACGUGCUGGGCGCCGGCACCUCCCGCGGGCCGCUGCACUCCGGGCUCCCCUGGAAAUAGUUCAGAGACGUGGCCUCGGGUCCCUCCUCUCCCCCUCAGCUCUGCUGUUUUACUCAAGAGGGUGGUGCGGGUGCUCCUGGGGGCUGGGGAGACGCCACGUGACGGGCACUCCAGGGACAACCAGCCUCGCACAGAAGCUCAUAAUGGGCUCUCCGGGGCCAUUUGCAAUAACAGCUGCAAUACCCUGGGUAGACGGAGUUGAUUUCCUCCCUCUGCCCCUCCCCCAGCCAUGCCAGCUCGCCUUUGUAAGUGAAGGAAACCGAGUAGAAAAUGUGACCGUCCAAAUGGAGAAGCUGCAGGCUUUGCCAUUGUAAACCAUCGUGAAGUUUGUAACACACUGUUCACUCACUCGAAGGGUUUGAAGACCUUUUAGUUGGUGUUUUAGUUUUAUAAGAUUCAAUGGCUUCUUCAUCAUCCAGAUGUGGCUAUUGACAUAUCUGCACUUCGUACCGGAGUGUCUGGAAUUGUGGCUAUCCUGAUUAUAGGAUUUUAACUUAACUGAAAUGUCUGUUUUUAAUAAAUGUGAGGCGUUUCUUGUUUGGUUUUAUUUUAAACUU